GAGAGGGGAAAUCCCUGUACCCACUCCUCCCACACCCACGGACUCUAACACUCUGCAACUUCACCCUCAGGAGUGGUCAUGUGACCCGCUGUGGCCAAACACCGCUUUAGCGGGAGGUCAUGUGACCCGGCGUUGCCUUGGGAACCUCAAAGCUAUCGGGCGCCAAACCGCACUUCCGUGUUUGCUUCAGGUCCGUCCUGUCACACUGUCCGGCCAGCGCAAGCAGCGGAGAGAGGAAGGUUCCGGGCGGAAGAGGUUGGAGUGCGGUGUGCCAGGAGGGACAGCAUGUUAUAGAGCCGAGCCUGCUGGUUUCAGGUGGGACAGGUCACUGCUGCCAGUGGAGCCCCCGGGGCAAGUGAGGAGCCUCUGAACAUUUCCCUCAGUCCUGAAAGAGAAAAUAAAGUACCGGCAUUGGGUCGGAGGCCCCAUCGGAUCUGAGAGAUGUCAGACAUGAACCAUACAGAGCAAGAUCACUCCGAGAUCCUAAGCUCCCUGCAGAGCCUUUGGGCCAAGAAAGAUGUUUUACAGAUCCGCCAGGUGGUUGGUCAGCUGAUCUCGACGCUGGAGGAGCCGCUAGUGGCGCUGCUGGACCUGCUGGAGGUCACCAGUACCUGGAAGGGGAAAGGCAACUCGCUGGCGGUUUUAAUUGCUAACGAGUUCCAGCAGUGGCUGAAGGCCAAUCCGGACGCACGGCAGGUAAAGUCCGGCCUGCGGCUGAGGAAGCUCCAGGGCCGCGCGCUGAGCCUGGUCUCGGAAGGGCAACUCUUGGACCUGCUGAGCGACAUGUACCGGAUCGCGGAGGCCGACCGAGCCUUCCUAUUGGGCCAGGUCACCCACCUGCACCGCAGCGGCAAAUACAAAGAGGCAGCCAUUAUGGCCACCAGGCUGGGGCUACAGCCGGAUCUGGACCUGGAAGAGAUGUGCACCCCUCUGCUCUUCAUGGAGAGAUUUAACCUAGUGGAAGCCUAUGUGGCCGAUUAUCGGGAGCUGCAGUGCAGACUGGUGCAGAUGCUGGAUGGUUGGAGCGCCUCCAAUUUUAAUGCCCGGAAAGUGAGCAGGCAGUAUAUAGGCCUCCCCCCUGUCAAACCCGACAAACUGAACAUGAAAACUCUCAGCAGAUUGGCCUUCAAGCUUCUAGAGCGAUAUAACCUCGACCCAGUUCUCUGUACCAACCUGCUAAACCAGCGCCAUUUGGGAACGCUGAAAUAUCUCAUGUAUAAGAGGUUUGUGGAGAAAUCAAUGACCCAUGAAAACUGGACCGAUCACGUGCAGAGCACCGUUGGGCAGAGCCGCUGGUUACAGGAUCAGCUGAUCACCCUAUUAGUCAGAUAUAGUGACUGUGCUACUGCCGGGCGCUGGGCGUUACACUUCGGGCUGCCCAAAGAAACCCUCCCAUUGGCUGUGGCUGACUCAUUGGAAGACCUCAGUAUCCAGGACCAGCUGUCGGCCAAUGAGAAUGUUCCUGAUGAUCCCCAGACCAGGAAGGAACACUUUUACCAGCUCCCAAUUCCCAGGGACAAGAUCCACUUCCUGCGCAGCGCCGGCGACCUGUCAGUCUGCAGGGAACGCGUGCUGAAGGAUGGGCAGGUUGUCGGGGUGGAUAUGGAGUGGAGGCCCAUGUUCGGGGGGCUGGGCAAGCAGACGGUGUCUCUGGUACAGUUGGCGCUGAGGGAGGAGGUGUUCCUGCUGGAUCUGCUGCAGUUAAACGCGCCCGGCGCCGGCGCCAACGGGACCCAGAGAACGAGGGAAGAACUGAUCCGGUUCAUCAAGGAUCUCUUCCUCUGUGCAGCAAUCACAAAACUGAGUUACAGCGUGCUGGGGGAUAUCCAGAAUCUGGAAGCCACCGACCCGGAAUUCCUGGGCCUGGAGAAGCAGACGCGCGGCAUUUUAGAUCUCUACACGGUUCAUAAACAGCUCCAGCGCGUGCCGCACAGACCGCGGGGGAAGAGAGAACCCGUCGACGUCCUUGCAGAUGGGCCGCCAUCGGAGGACGGAUUGGCCCCCCAGUCGGAGAAGGGGCUGAGCCUUCUAGUGAGGGACAUUUUGGGGAAACCGCUGGACAAGACAGAGCAGCUGUCUAACUGGGACAAGAGACCGCUACGGGAGCAGCAGAUCCUCUAUGCAGCCGCUGAUGCUUAUUGCCUGCUGGAGGUGUAUGACGUCCUGCGUCAGGACCCCGCCAGGUUUGGCCUGAACCCCAAUCUCCAGCAGUGCCCCAAGAGCGACUCUAAAGCAAACCCCGAAAAGAGACCGCGUCCGAAGAACCCGGGGGCGCGAAGGCAGAACCUUCCGGAUACGGGCAGCGACACCGGGGCGCAGCCGAUACCCCCCCGCCAGUUCAGCGUCAUUUGCGACAACAUGCUGCAGGGCCUGGGGCGCUACCUGCGCUGCCUCGGGGUGGAUGUGCUCAUGUUGGACAACGACGACGAGCACCGCAAAGCGGCCGAGAUUGCCCGGCGGGAUGGCCGAGUGAUCCUGACAUGUGGAUUGCCCUAUGAGACACUUCGCUCCCAAGUGGGAGAGGGGAAGUGUUUCUCGGUGGACUGCUCGGAGAAAGCCAGAGAACAAGCCAUCAAGGUUCUGACCCAUUUCAACAUCCGCGUGGCGCUGACUGACGUGUUCAGCCGAUGCCAGGUAAGGGAUCCUAUCCACGUGGGGGCACUCUGCGGGCACAGGGUAAAGCCCUCCCUGACCAGGCUCUGGGCCUGACAGCUCCUUUCAGUU